ACCAGCCGGAUAACCGAGAGUUUAAUUUUAUACACCGCGGCCGUCGUAGGACCGAAAGUUGAAGCCAUUUAUUUUAUUUAUGUUCGUUUUGUCCAUAGCUUUUUAGAAAAGCUUCGGAUAGGAUUGUGAGGAAGCUAUCAGCGGAGAAAGUGCAUAAUAAAAAACGAAGAUGGCCAGCGUAAGACUGAUCGGUGCGGCAAUGCAGCGAAAUGUGACCUUUGGACAGGCGCUUCGACUGAAGGCACUUCAAUCGCAAAUGGCCAUGCGGUAUCUGGCCACGGCAGCGCCGGCCGGCAAGCACAUGAAGACACGCAUGGUGGACAAUGUGAUGGUGAUCACGCUGGACUCGCCCGGUGUCAAAGUGAACUCGCUAAAUGCCGAGGUACAGUCCGAGUUCGAUGCCGUCCUGCGCGAGGUGGAAACAAACCCGGCCGUCAGCUCGGCGGUGCUGAUCUCUGGCAAGCCGGGCUGCUUCGUAGCCGGUGCCGACAUUACCAUGCUCGAGCAGUGCAAAACGGUCGAGGCGGCAACGAAGGUGUCACACGAGGGCCAGAUUCAGUUCAGCAAGCUGGAGAAAUCCCGCAAACCUGUGGUGGCCGCCAUCAACGGCGUUUGCUUGGGUGGAGGGCUAGAGUUGGCCCUUGCCUGUCACUACCGAGUAGCGCUUAAGGAUAAGAAAACGGUCGUAGGAUUGCCCGAAGUGAUGCUGGGUUUGUUGCCCGGUGCUGGCGGCACUCAGCGACUGCCAAAACUGACCUCCAUCCCAACCGCAUUGGACCUCGCCCUUACCGGCAAGUCGGUAAAGGCCGACAAGGCGAAGAAGCUGGGAAUCGUGGACAUGCUGGUGAACCCACUAGGUCCCGGACUGAAGCCAGCCGAUCAAAACACACUCGAGUACCUGGAAAAAGUGGCGAUUCAAGUCGCGAAGGAUCUUGCCUCGGAGAAGCUGAAGGUAAACCGCCAAAAGACUGGCUUGGUGGCCAAGGUGACCGACUUUGCGUUCGGCAUCGAAUGGGUCAAGAACAAAGUGUUCGAGAAGGCACGCGAACAGGUGAUGAAGAUGUCCGGCGGUCUGUACCCGGCUCCGCUCAAGAUUCUGGACGUGAUCCGCGUCGGUGUGGACAAGGGACAGGAAGCCGGGUACGAGGCGGAGCGUAAAGGAUUUGGCGAACUGUCACAAACGCCCCAGUCGAAGGGUCUGAUCGGCCUGUUCCGUGGCCAAACCGAGUGCAAAAAGAAUCGCUUCGGCAAGCCGGCGAACCCACCGAAAACGAUUGGCGUGCUGGGAGCGGGUCUGAUGGGUGCCGGUAUCGUGCAGGUCAGCAUCGACAAGGGAUAUCAGGUGAUAAUGAAGGACACGACGGAGGCGGGACUGGGUCGCGGUAUCGGCCAGGUCCAGAACGGUCUGCAGGGUGCGAUCAAGCGCAAGCGCAUCAGUGCGAUCGAACGCGAUCAGAUCCUGUCGAACCUUACCUCCACGCUGAGCUACGAACCGUUCCGCCAGACCGAUAUCGUGAUUGAGGCCGUGUUCGAGAACAUCGACAUUAAGCACCGCGUCAUCAAGGAGCUGGAGCAGGUGGUGCCGAAGCACUGCAUCAUCGCCACGAACACGUCCGCUAUUCCGAUCACGAAGAUCGCUGCCGGCAGUUCUCGACCGGAGAACGUCGUCGGCAUGCACUACUUCUCCCCCGUUGACAAGAUGCAACUGUUGGAGAUUAUUACGCAUCCGGGCACGUCCAAGGAGACGGCGGCGGCUGCCGUCGAGGUGGGCCUGCGACAGGGCAAAGUGGUCAUCACCGUGGGUGACGGACCCGGUUUCUACACGACCCGCAUCCUCUCGACCAUGCUGUCAGAGGCAAUCAGACUGCUGCAGGAGGGUGUCGAUCCGAAGGAUCUCGACAAGAUGACCAAGACGUUCGGAUUCCCGGUCGGUGCGGCCACGCUAGCGGACGAGGUCGGUAUCGAUGUGGGAGCGCACAUAGCCGUCGAUCUGGCGAAGGCGUUCGGCGACCGGUUCUCCGGUGGCAAUCUGGGCGUUAUGGAGGACCUGGUUAAGGCCGGCUUCAUGGGACGCAAGUCGGGCAAGGGUGUGUUCGUGUACUCGGGCGGUCGCAGCAAGAACCGUGAGGUGAACCAGGACGCUCUCGCCAUCAUGAAGCAGAAGUACGCCCUGCAGUCGCGCGGUGCUAACAGCGUGGAGGACAUGCAGCUGCGCAUGGUUUCGCGCUUUGUGAACGAAGCCGUUCUCUGCCUGGAGGAGAAAAUCCUGGACAGCCCUCUGGAGGGAGAUGUUGGUGCCGUGUUCGGUCUGGGCUUCCCGCCAUUCACCGGUGGACCGUUCCGCUGGGUGGACCAGUACGGUGCGGAACGUCUCGUCAGCAAGAUGCGCUCGUACGCCGAUCUGUACGGUGCUCCGUUCGUACCGGCCCAAACCCUGCUCGACAUGGCCAAGGACUCGAGCAAGAAGUUCUACCCGAGCAAGUAAGAAGACAAUCGCUAGCUAGGAAAGUUUAUCGUCGUUAUCGUGUAUCAUCAGUGACCAACAUCAUCGAUCAUCCCUCCCCUAUUCGUGUAUCGGACCUGUUAGCUCUUAAGUACGUAAGAAAGAAAGCAUUAUGUUCUUGUAUAAGUCUAGUGUUCCAAUUUUCUGGAUCACGGAUCGUGUUAAUAACGUCCCCGGGCUCGAUGCUGAUAUGACAUACUGUAUCGCACUCGCGUCUCUUGUGUAGCAUAAAAAGGAUAAAUGUUAGAGCUCUAUCUUUUGUUUGGUUUGCUUUCUGUUACUGCAUUUUAUAAAUAAAAGUUAUUAUUUACAACACA